UGGGACUUUUAUGGUAGAAGUUUUUCUGUGGUAACUACCCCAAAAAUAAUGUCACUAAAUCUUUAUUCAUCUCGAUUUGAUAGUACAACCUAAUUAACCUUGAAAGGAUUUUACUUAUGAUCUAAGACCUUGAUCCUCCAACUCCUUGGCCUCCACAGAAUCUCCCAAGCAUGGCUUUUUAAUUAGUGCUUUUUGUCCCAUGUAGCAUUUCUUUAGAGUUGAUUAUUUUAAAUAAGGAGUGACUUCUUAGAAAACUCUGUUCUUUUCUAGGUUUUUCUCUAACUUGAAAACUAAAGCCAGUGAAGGUAUAUUGAAAUAAGGUGGUACAAUAGGAGCUAGCCUGAUUGAAGAAACUUGUCAAUGAUUGUACUUCAUAUUGGAAUAAAGUAGAACCUGGAGUAGAGAUUUUCCCACUUUAAGCAGUUUUGAUGGCAGAAAGAAGAAGGUCCUACAGUGUAGGGGAAGCAAUGGAGGAACUCAUGGGACCUGAUGGACAAAAAUGGGCCAAUAUGGAUCCAGAAGAACAAAUGUUAGCAGCUGCUACAGCUUUUACCCAUAUCUGUGCAGGGCAGGGUGAGGGAGAUGUCAGGAGAGAAGCCCAGUCUGUCCAAUAUGAUCCCUACAGUAAAGCUUCAGUAACCCCAGGAAACCGAUCUGCUCUUCCUGUGCACCUGCAGUACCCAUACGUAGAAAAUAAUGUCACUUCAGAAACAGUCUCAGAGGCCUCCAGAAGACUCCGGAAGCCAGUGAUGAAGAGAAAAGUGCUGCGUAGGAAGCCAGGUGGGGAAGUAUUAGUGACAGAUGAGUCAAUUAUCAGUGAAUCAGAGUCUGGUACAGAAAGUGAUGUGGAUCUCUGGGACUUAAGACAAAGGCUGAUGAAUCUACAGUUCCAGGAAGACAGGGAAUCCCCAGUUGAUACUUCCCAAAAAUUUAAUCUACCACAUGAAUAUCAUGGAGUCUCUCAGGAUCAGCUCAUUUGCUAUCUACGAAGAGAAGGAAUGGGCCCUCCAGCAUAUGAACAAGACCUGAUUGUUGCCAGCCGACCCAAGUCCUUUAUUCUCCCAAAGCUGGACCAGUUAAGCCGAAACCGGGGCAAGGUAGACCGGGUAGCCCGCUAUUUUGAGUACAAACGAGACUGGGACUCAAUGCGGUUUCCUGGUGAAGAUCAUAGGAAGGAAUUACGCUGGGGUGUCCGAGAGCAGAUGCUUUGUCGAGCAGAACCCCAAUCGAAGCCUCAGCACAUAUAUGUUCCAAACAAUUACCUAGUACCAACUGAGAAGAAAAGAUCUGCCCUCCGUUGGGGUGUUCGUUGUGACCUUGCAAAUGGUGUCAUUCCCAGGAAGCUUCCCUUCCCUCUUUCUCCUUCUUAAGUCUUUUUUUUUUUUUUUUUUUUUAACCUAUCUCUUCACAAGAUUGUUUGGGAUAACCUGGUUCUUUAUAGCUCUUCUUUUAUUUAAAUUAGUUGUUAGAAACAAUUAACUUGAAAGCCCUUGGGACAUUAUAGAGUAAGGACUUCAGUCAUCAUUGGUCUAUUCUAGGUAUAUAUCACAUUGGUAUCAGAUGCCACUUAACUUCCAAAUUACCACUCUCAGAGUCAGCAAUUGCAGGAGAAAUCUUGCCAGAGAAAGAAAAACAGACCUGUCUUUCUGUUUUGUGAGAUUAGUAAGCAAAAUCAGUUAGCACUAUUUCUGUUCUACAAAUCUUUUUACCUUUGGCCAAUGUGAGUUGCUCUUUUUAUUAGUGUGUUUUUCAAGUUUCUGGGCAUUAAGCUUAUCCAUUAAAGAAUUCUGGAAAUUUGUGAA